AUGUCUACUCCUGUGAAAGUUGGUAUUAACGGUUUUGGCCGCAUUGGCCGCAUUGUCUUCCGUAUUGCUCUUAGCAACCCCGCGGUCAAUGUUGUUGCAAUCAACGAUCCAUUCAUCGAUUUGAAGUACAUGGUCUACAUGCUUCAGUACGACUCAACUCAUGGCCGCUUUCCCGGAACCAUUGAGGCCAAAGAUGAUUGUCUUGUAGUCAAUGGAAAGGCAAUCAGAGUUUUUUGCUGCCGCAACCCCAAGGAAAUCCAAUGGGGCUCCGUCGGAGCAGAUUACAUUGUCGAGUCUACCGGUGUCUUUACAUCGAUUGCCGACGCAAGCGCUCAUCUUGAAGGGGGUGCUAAAAAGGUUAUCAUCACUGCACCCUCCAACGAUGCUCCAAUGUUCGUUAUGGGAGUUAAUCAUGAAACUUACACCUCCGAUUUAAAGGUCAUUUCUAAUGCUUCUUGCACCACAAACUGCCUGGCUCCACUUGCCAAAGUGAUCCAUGAAAACUUUGGAAUUGUAGAGGGUCUGAUGACUACCGUUCAUGCCGUUACUGCAAUGCAAAAGACCGUUGAUGGACCGUCUUCCAAGGACUGGCGUGCUGGCCGUGGUGCGAUCCAAAACAUUAUUCCCUCCUCCACGGGUGCUGCUAAGGCCGUCGGAAAGGUCAUUCCAGCGCUUUCUGGAAAACUUACCGGCAUGGCAUUCAGAGUGCCCAAUCCAGACGUCUCUGUUGUCGAUCUCACCUGCAGGAUCGAGAAGCCAGCCUCCUAUGAGACAAUCAAGGCUGCCAUUAAAAAGGCAUCUGAGACCACUCUUAAAGGAAUUCUCGGCUAUACCGAAGACGAGGUUAUUUCAAACGACUUUUUGGGCGAUUCCCGCUCCAGCAUUUUUGAUGCCAAAGCCGGUAUUUCUCUCAACGAUAACUUUGUUAAGCUUGUUUCGUGGUAUGACAACGAGUAUGGAUACUCCAGCCGUGUUGUGGACCUUAUUGCUUAUGUCGGCUCUGUUGAUCGCAACUAA